GAAAAAUACAUACCAUCUACAAAUCAAAAUAUCUAUAAUGUUCGCUCUUCGUAACGCUGCUCGCUCCACCGCUGCUCGCUCCACCGCUGCUCGCUCCACAACUGCACGCCGCUUCGCUUCCACUGAAAGCCCAGCCGCCAACACCAGCAACAACACCCCAUUGUUGGUUGCUCUUGCUGCCGCUGUCGCCGGUGGUGCUUAUUACUACACAAAGACUGACAAGGGCCGUGCGCAGGCUAAGGAGGCUCAGGCUAAGGUCGAAGGAAAGUACGAAGAAGCUAAGGGCAGGGCCCAAGGAACCUAUGAAUCCCUCAAGGGUCAGGCCGAGGGUAAGGUCGACGAAGCCAAGGGCGAAUUUGACGCCACAAAGGCUAAGGCUGAAGGCAAGGCUCAGGAACUCAAGAGUGAAGCUGAGAAGCAGGCCGAAAAGCUUAAGAAAUAGACGAGUCUCUAAGACACAUGAAACCCUCACAUGGCAUACUCUUGCCAUAGCGCGUUAUUCUUGCUUGUAAAUACUAUCCGCGCAUGUGUACCUAUUAUACAAUUUCUCCACCAGUAAAGCACCCCAAUAUUUGACAUUGUAAAAAGAACAGACGAGUUUAAAGUGUGAUGGCUUAUGUAAAACAAAACUACGGA